ACUAACUUCAGUCUAUCCGACGCUGUCAUUUACACACGUCAAAAAUGGAGGAGGAACGUCUUUUCGAUGAAAGAGUUUCUAUUAGAGAUUCGGCUCGCCCUCUUAAAAAAUAUGGAAGUACUUGUAAUCACAUGAAAAGGAACGAAGAAUACAUCAAGCAUGUGAUGGCGAAAGGCGAUACUUUGCAAGGGCUUGCACUCAAAUAUGGUGUUACCAUGGAGAAAAUUAGGCGGGCGAAUCGUCUAUUCGCUACGGACAGUUUGUUUUUGCGGGAGUAUUUAUUGAUUCCCGUCACCAAAGAUUCUCCUUUCUAUGAGAACGGUGAGCGGGUGACGGAGCUGCCCCCGCCGAAUCACCGGGCGUCCAUUGCUGGCAUGCCCACCGGGGACUUCUCCCCUGGCAGCCCGGACGAGAAGAAGAGCUUUGACGAGUUCCUCAACAGACUGGACUCCUCCCUCGCGGAUAUCAAGAAACAUGUAGAAAAGACUAAGGAAACUAGCGAAUUCGUAAAAGACCUGGAAGACGGGUUCGUCCGCCACCGGCCGACGGCUCGGCUCCGGCAGUCGGCGUCGAUGGGCGCGUCGACUUCGUACAACGAAGUGAUACCGCCCCCGCUUCCGCCCCCACCUGUGGGGCUGACCCAGGGCCGGCGUGUGGACACCUCGCUUCGCCGUCUGGAGCGGGCGCAUGACGACCUGUUCCAGUUGUAGCGGCCGAGGCAGCGCAGGUAUGCGCGGUUACAAUGAACGCGACGCGCCUGCGCUGUGCUGACGUCACAGCGGUCGUCGUCGGUCACGCAUCGGUCGCGUCGCGCGAUCGUGUCGCUGAUCAGUCGAACACUCAAGUACAGUCGGUGAGUCAGUCGUGAGGGCACUAAGUGAUACUAGAUUACUAUAUUAAACUAUAUUCUUUAUGAAACUAUGAGAAAUCUGUAGGAAGUAGCCAGGGUUUGGCUGUUUCUGGUUCGUUAUAAAUAUGUGAAUAUUUGGUCGAUAAAUAGUUUAUUGGUUGAAAGCAAUCCUGGCUAUAUUCCUAUAGUAUUCAUCUAUCAUUUUAUAUUAAUUGCAGAACAAAAACGAUAACACUACUGAAUAAUUUGCAAUUUAUUUGUGUUUGUUCCACCAAUAUAUUUGUAAAUGAAAAUGGUAAUAAUACAUUGUAUUGAUGAACUGUUUGUGACCUAAAUAAAUAAGAUUUAUCUAGAAAUCGCCGGUGAUAAGAUAAUGCUUUGUUUUGAUUUGUUUCUGUAAUGUAGGCCGUUGUGGCGACCAAAUUAAUGUGAUUCAAGAAUAAUAUUCGGCAUGUUAACAUAGAAUAAGUAUAUACAUAAUAUCGAACACAUGCUAAUUUAUAAUGUGGGAAACUAAACUCUAAAAUUAGAGGAGACACUUAUCUUCAUUAUUAAUAUUUUUUCCUUCUGAAUUUUUUAUUUCGUUUGAAAUAUAGAUCUUGAAUUUGUAAGUUUGUCAUUUAAACUUCGCAACACAAAAUUCAUAUCCCUUGCAUUAUAGAAAUUGCUUAAAAAGUUGAGUUAUUAUUUAAAUUGUCUAAACGAGGUUUGAAGAGAUUAUAGAAAUCCCCCGAGUAUAUCUCCAAAUAUUAUUCAAUCAACUGCGUCAGUUUGACAUGGCAAUAUAUAUACGGCGGCUUACUGAUUUCACAGAUAGUAAAUGUAAUUUAUUUUCAAACGUAAUGUAUAAAACAUAUUAACGUAUAUGCGUCACAGUAAUAAAAAUGACUGCAUUAUGUUUGUCUUGUUAUCUGGCUUUUCUCCUCAACUGAUUGUUUUCAUAUCGUGUAUCAAAGAUAUCAUUUGAUGCACUGCGUCUUUCAAUCUUUUCAUAAUAAAUGUAACUGAAGUGAGGGAUAUUAAGCUGUAUCCAGACUUAACGAGGCUUGUACCACGAACGAUCUCUCAACCCGAGCAAUUGUGGGUUAAAUUUUUCACCACAAGCCGAGGCGUUCGUCGUGCACCGUUCGUGGUACAUGCCUCGCAAUGUAUGGAUCCACCUUUAUCGAAUGGAUCGCACUGUUAUAUAGUAAAUAAUAUUUUGUGUAAGAAAUCUCAGCCUCACGCGACUCAUCGUCUAAACGUGAUAUAAAUUAUGAUACAUAAUAAUGUAAUGUUAUUUUAAUAAUAUAUCGAUAGUAUAUUCGAAAUGCAGAAGUUUGGAAAUGUUUAACCAAAUUAUAUGUGCGUAAUACAAGUGUAUUGAAGGAUAACUUUUAUUACCAUGAUUCCGACUAAUGCUAUUUUUUUAAUUCAAUGCUGAUUUAUUCCGUCUUAUAAUAUUUUGUCACCAUUUAUAAUUUUACAAGAUGGAUAUAAUAUUUUGGUAAUAAAAAUAUUAUUUAUGUUAAUUUAUUCUCAAAGUCGUCUGGUCAAACAUUUGCAAAUUCCGUGUGAAACGUCCCUAUAUCCGUUUUAAUUAUUGUAUAAAUUAUGAAUAAAUAACUCGUGAGGCACUAAAUAAUUAUGUACGUGUUGUUGAGCUUAAAGUUUAUAUAAUAUCAAAUAAUAACAUAAAUAACCGUAAGUAGUUAUAAUUAAGUUAUACUUUUGAUAGUUUAAGAUCUAAAUCGUUCAUGUUUUAAAGCUUAUCUCGAUGUGGAAAAGCUCAUGAUGUAUGUGAAAAAUCCGAGUAAUAAAUAGCGAAAAUUCAAUAAUAUUUAUAGAUAGCAUAAUAUACUAAAUAAAAAGUCCUGUUGAAAUAAAUUAAAGCCAAUAAAAAUGCUAUACGUACACGAAUAUCUUAUACAUUUUAUACAUAUUUGAUGUCUAUAUCUGUUAGUCGUGACUACGUGUUAAUAUAGUAGCCAUCGUUUUAUAUCUCCCUUGCCAUUGACAACCACUAAACUAUGUAAAUAUGUAUAUCUAGUACAUACUUCCAGUCCUAUACCUCAUCUAUCAAGAAAUAUAAUAUGUAUUUUAAACGGUUUAGACAUAAUACAUUGUCCUAUGAAUAAAUCUUUGGCUGUAUUCUAUACUAAUAUUAUAAAGCUGAAGAGUUUGUUUGUUUGAACGCGCUAAUCUCAGGAACUACUGGUCCGAUUUGAACAAUCCUUUCGGUGUUAGAUAGCCCAUUUAUCGAGGAAGGCUAAAGACUACUUUUUAUCCGGGUUCGUGCAGAGGUUCCCACGGGAUGCGGGUGAAGCCGCUGGCAGAAGCUAGUUAUUUCAUAUAUGCUACAAAAUUAAGUAAACCGCUUCAUAUAGUAAAAAAACCCAUAAAUAUCAUGUAAAUUCAUGUUUUGGACUGUUAUCAAACAGAAUGUAUUACUGAAUGCCAAAUAGAAUUGUUCAAUAGUAGUUAUUGUUACAGGCAGCUUAUCCUUGAUGCCAGAUUAGUGGUUAUUAACGGCUGUUUCCAAUAUUCUAUCUGAAAUAUGACAUUACCUGUAUUGUUAAUGUCACAAUUGUAUCUAAUUAUGUAGUAAGCAAAUCAAAACUUUGAUGGAAUAUUUAGAUCGGCUUUCAAAAUUCCAAUUCAAAAUUCACUUAUACGGUAAUUUAGUUUUUAAAUAGCAGCUAGAUCACAAUUUGGCAUCAAGGAUUUGAAGUCUAAUAAAAACUCAUCGUGUAGACUUCUACCAAAUAACGAAUAACAUAAAUUAAUUGUUAAUGAUCGCAAGUAAAGUUUACGAUAUCAGUGCCUUGUGAUAGCUCGUAUUACUUCCAGUAGACUAGCGGUAGCAGCUAUGUAAUGUUAAAGUUUUCAAUAUCGAAACGACUUUUCUGCAUAAGAUCGCUUUCCCACCAGCGGAUUUUUCGCUCGGUUUUUCUCGGUGGAGCGUAUAUACCGGCGACAACUGCCUGUACAAACGGUGACACUUGAAACCUCAUGACAGGUACCUAUUUGUUGUGCGUAUAAAAUCUAGCUUUUGCGUCCGAUAAAAUCCGCUGGUGUAAAAGCGCUGUAAGAUAUCAUUAUUUAAGAUGAUGAGAGUCAUAAGUAGUUGAUCUGUUUAUAUUCAACGUUAAAAUUCGCCUCCGUUUCGACUGUAAAUUGUCUCAAGUUGGGUACUACAUAAAAUUGCUCAUUGCUGCAUAUAGGUAUUUUAUUAAUUUUACUAAAAAUGUGUAACCGGGAUACAAUAACGGCAGCUAAUAUAAUAUUUGUUUCCGAUGCAUAAUUGGACAGCAAUUUCUGGUUCAUUCUCUUUCAUUACAAAACUGGUGCUAAUAUAAUUUGGUCAUAAGGAUAUAACUCAGUUAAGUAUACCUACAUUACUACAUUUUAAACAAUAUAUCAUUUAUUUUCUGA